GACCGCCAAGGUCAAGUGCCAGAAAAAGUGCUAGCCCGAGUUGCUCGUGAUGUCAAGUCGAGGUCGGAUAUCAGCAUGGAAUCUGAGAUCGCAACGAUGGUCUUUGUGAGGCUGAAGACAACCAUUCCUGUUCCAGUUGUUUACGGAUACUGCCCGACCCGCCAUAACGCCAUUGGGCAAGCCUUUUCUAUCAUAUCCUUCACAGAAGGAUCGGACAUGAACGGGUCGCCUUGGGAGGACUUGGCUUUAGAGCUCAAACUCAACGCCAUUCGUGAUUACGCUCGGAUAGUGCUUCAACUCUCCCAACUAAAAUUUGACCGCAUCGGUUCAAUCUACUUCAAGCAUGACGCUGCCCCACCC